GUGUCUUCAACUCAAAUUGCUGAACAUCUUGUGUCUGCUGUAGUAGAAGAAUCUGAUCUUAUAGAACUUGGGAAACUCGAUCUACAGGCCAGGCAACAGCUGGAAAUAGACAUUGAGAGACUUCAUUCGCGUCUGGAACACACCAGAGCCCAAAAUAAUGUUCUUACACUUUCUUUAGAGGAAUGUAAAAGUCAAGCCGACAAAUUUUACCUGCUUGUCGGAAAGUAUGAAUCCAAUGCCAUUGCAUUGAGACUUGCGUUAGGGUAUGCUGAUCGAGCAACUGCUGCAUAUGACUGUCUUGUAGCUCUUUUGGAGAGUGAAUUAGCUCUGAUUCUGAAAGGGGCAACUGCUGGGAAAGAUGGCAUUGAAGACAGACGUGCUGCAGAGCGAGCAGCUUGGAGUCUUCUUGAAGCUGAGCAAUAUGGACGACUAUCAAAAGAAGGUGAUUGGGGCCCAUGUGAUGAACAGAGACUCAGGGAGCUCAUAUCUCGACUGAAAAUGGAUAGAAGCAAAGUUCGAGAUACAAUUGUUGAACUGGAGAGUGUCCAUGCUGAUGCCCUAUGUACUCGUGUUCCUGUGUCUUUUGCAGAAGCAAGAAAAUUAGAUUUAGAAACAGCUGUUCUCAUGCAGGAACUUAUGGCAAUGAGAGAAGACAAAGCUGAAUUGAGAGCGCGACUGUAUCUAUUAGAAAAAGAAAGGGCUGCCCUCGAGCUUCGUCUAAGCAGCCAGGACACUCAACGGCAAGCACAAGCAGCAUCAAUAUUGCAUUUGCAAGCACAAUUACAAGAAUUAGAAGUUGCAAAUACUAAAGAUACAUCCAACACACCUAUUAAUGAAGGUGAAGCCUUAAGUUUGGAAUCAGCUGCAGCACUUAGACGUGAGAACCAUCUUAAGGAGAGAAUCCAUGAACUUGUAGACACUUUGGAUAAAGUUAGUCAUACCUCUGAGCAGCGUCACCUUCAGUCAGCAGAAUUAGUGAAUGACCUAAAAAAAGCCAAUAGCACACUUGUCCAAACUCUCGAGAGAUCAAAAAAGAAAUAUCAGUCUAGACUGAAAAAGUUAGAACAGCAGAUGUUGUCUAUGGUAGAACGCCAUUCUUGCCAGGUUCGCACUCUUAAGCAAAGAAUCGCAUCCCUCGAACAAGAAAUAAGAUCAAAUGCUACACAAUCUUCACCAUCACUUCCUCAAACUACUCCGAGUGAAACAACCCUGUGAUAAACAGUAUCGAUUAUAGAUUUAUCCCUGCCAAUCUUGUCUUUAUGAUAUAUUUCAGUCUGCUGAAAAUGGCAGUACCUUUUUUUAUCAAUUUAAGGUAUACUUAUGAAAAUCUCAGAUUCUUGGAUGUAGUUAGCAUCUGCUCUAAUACAAAGUUUAUAUUCUAAAGUUAAGUUUUAACAAAGUAUUGACAAAGCUUCUCAAAGUUAUAUUAAGCUAAUUUAUGACAUAAUAAUGUGUCAAGCUAUUUUAUGUACUUAUAAACCAACAAGCAGGUGAGGAAAUAGGUUGACCAAAUAAAUAGUAUAUAAAGCCUGUACAAGGUAAAA